AUGCUUGAAACUUCGUACAACAUGGGCGCAACAAUUUUCCAAAUGAAAAGAAGCUUGAAAGCUGCGUUCGAAAAAAUCAAUACUGAUCCCACUACCAAGGGCUGGUUCUCGAAAUUCGUCCUCUACCCAUUUGAUUCCGUAUCAAACAAGAACUACUGGUAUCCUCCGGUCGUAUCUACGAAUUCUGAUGAUAUCGUAGCUGCUGUACUCAAUAUCACAACAAUGGCUUGUCCAGGACCGAAUGGAUGUUCACCAAGUCAGGACAACUUUUUUUGUUUUGUAGAAUAUUUUUCUACAGCUGCUAUGCGGAUGAAAGAACGAGGAUAA